AUGGAAUACGAAAAGCUGGAGGCGGAACCUGAAGAAAGAACUACAAUCUGUGGCAGACUAGCGUUUGGCCUUUUAUCAAGAAUUAUCGAAACAGGAAACAAACGACCUCUAAAAGAAAACAAUAUUCCUUCCCUAGAUGUUGAAGGCACCAAGUAUUUGACUGAAAAACUGGAAUUGAAAUGGAAAAACGAAAUUGAAAUUGGUAGAGUUCGAAGUUCUAAAUCUCGUUUGAGAAACGCAGUCCUAAGGGCCCUCGACAAAUACUUACUGUCUCUGAUUGUGCUACUUGCAAAUUUAGAGACAUUACGUAUUCUGAACGCGCACCAUCAUAUUCUUGCUGAAAGAACUUCAGGCUACAAAGUCAUACGAGUAGCUCCACAGUCAGAUGAAGAAGUCUCUUCUCUGAGGGAUUUACUGCAAAGUCGGAAGGAUCUAGACGUCUGGAAAGCGCCUUCACAAACGGGGAGAGAGGUGCAUAUUCACGUAGGUCCAGAUUCAGUCGAGGAUUUCCAGGCACAUCUCGCAGAACUUUCUCUGUAUAAGGACACAAUAGCAAUCGACACAAGGGAGAUGAUUGAUAAUCAAGAUAGAUGUUGUCAUGGAAACAACGAUUUCGACAACUGUUAUCACACAUUGGAUGAGAUCCACAAGGAAAUGUAUCGCCUCCGGUCAGAUCAUCCAUCAUUGGCAUCAGUAGUAGAACUUGGAAAGUCGUACGAGGGACGGAACAUGUUGGGAUUAACGAUUAAGCAAAGUAGAAGAAAAGUUAAGGGUUUGAUAUUCAUUGCUUGUGGAAUUCAUGCCAGGGAGUGGAUAAGUCCUGCCACUUGCAUGUAUCUUAUACACCAACUUCUGAAUUUCUCAGAUCGGGAUGAAGAGAUUGCGAACAUGACCAAAACAUUUGAUUGGUUUUUCCUGCCAGUUUUUAAUGUUGACGGUUACGAGUUCACUCACAAGGAGGACCGUCUAUGGCGAAAAAAUCGCCGUGUGUUUGAUUCUUCCUUACCUGCAGAUUGUAUUGGUGUGGACCUGAACAGGAACUUUAAUAACAGUAAGUGGGGUUCUGACCUAAAUUCACAUGACACAUGCAGCGAACAAUUUUCCGGAGAAAGUCCCUUCUCUGAAAUAGAGUCCUUCAACGUCGCCACAUAUCUCACUGAUCGAAGAUCCGACUUGAUAGCAUUCUUCGAUUUUCAUAGUUAUGGGCAGCUGUGGAUGUCACCAUGGGGAUGGAGAGAAGAUAGACCAUCAGAUUAUGACGAAAUGAAAACACUGAUGAGAGCUGCUACAGACGCAAUAUACAAGACAUCUGGAAAAAAUUACAUCUACGGUCCUGCGUAUUCAACGAUCUAUCCUACUAGUGGAAAUUCAAUCGACUAUACUUAUGACAAACUUGGCGUGGUUCAUUCAUAUUGUGUGGAGUUGAGACCAGGAGAAGAAGAUAGACAAGGUUUUUUUGCCUCUGCUUGUGAAAUCAGUCAAACUGGGCGAGAAAUUUUGGUGGCGUUUAGGGCCAUAACGCCAAUCUUGGCUAAACAAACAGAAACUGUCGAUAAGGCGAUAUUUAGAAUCAGAAAGAACAAGAGGAAGAAAUGGAAAAGGAGAGAAAAGAACAGAAGAAGAAAGGAGAGGAACGAUGAUUCAACUACUGGCUGA